AAUUAUUUUGAACUGUCAACCUCUGAAGAGCACUCCUUAGCAUUAAAACCACAAAAUAAAAAUGAAUGACAAGAUCUCUUUGCACUUGCUUGGGCAGUAUCAUAAUUCUAACAAACUUUCUUCUCAGCUUUGCUGCAGAGGCCAUGGACUGCUGGAAGCAAGAGAAAACUGAUUCCUGGGUUUUUCCCACUCUGAUCCUCUGCCUCUAUGGAUUCUUCUACAUGAUGAAACCAUCAGAACCUUUCCUAACACCCUAUCUAACAGGACCAGAUAAAAACCUGACCACAGAUGAGGUUACCAACCAGAUUCUGCCAGUUUGGACAUACUCCUACCUCGCUCUCCUUUUCCCGGUGUUCCUGCUCACAGACUACGUGCGCUACAAGCCCGUGCUGCUCCUUCAGGGCACCAGCCUCGUCGUCACGUGGCUCCUGCUGCUCUUUGCACAUGGAGUGGUGGCCAUGCAGGUGGUGGAAUUCUUCUAUGGCAUGGUCACAGCCACUGAGGUGGCCUAUUACGCCUACAUCUACAGCGUGGUCAGCACCCAACACUACCAGAGGGUCACCAGCUACUGCAGGAGUGUCACUCUGGUGGCAGCCACCGUGGCCGCCGCGCUGGGACAGCUGCUGGUGUCCUUAGCCCACGUCUCCUACUUCUACCUCAACGCCAUCUCCUUGGCUUCUGUGUCCCUGGCAUUCCUGUGCACAUUCUUCCUGCCCAUGCCCCAGAAGAGCAUGUUCUUCCACAGGAAAGAUGCCCCUGAGCCUCUGCCAGGGUCUGAUAAAGGGCUGGCUGUGGGCACUGCCCACAGGCCCUCGAGCUGCCCGGAGGAAACGAGCCCUGAUCCUGCUGCCAGGAGCCCCAGCCCCCAGCCCCAGGCUGGGAAUGCCAGGCCCCACGGGCACAUGCUCAGCGUGCUGCUGCAGCUGGGCAGGGACCUGAGGGAUUGCUAUGGCUCCCGCAAACUCCUCUACUGGUCCCUGUGGUGGGCUCUGGCCACAGCUGGCUUUAACCAGGUGGUGAAUUAUGUCCAGGUGCUGUGGGACUUGCGAGCCCCCUCCCACAGCUCUGCAGUGUACAACGGAGCUGUCGAAGCAAUAGCAACCUUUCUGAGCUCAGUAAUAUCUUUCCUAGUACAAUAUAUGAAGAUUAACUGGGACCAUGUUGGAGAACUGGCCUUAGGGAUCUUCUCUGCAAUAGAUGCAGGUUGUCUGUUUCUCAUGCACUUCUCUACCAACAUCUGGGCAUGUUAUGCUGGAUAUCUCAUUUUCAAGGCAUGCUAUGUGCUCCUUCUGACAAUUGCAACGUUCCAGAUCGCCAUCAAUCUGAGCAUGGAACGCUAUGCCCUGAUGUUUGGAUUCAACAACUUCAUUGCCCUGCUGAUUCAGACCAUUCUCACAAUAGUUGUUGUAGAUUCAAAAGGCCUGGGACUGGACAUAGUGACUCAAUUUUUAAUUUAUGGCAGCUACUUCACAGUCAUACAUGGGAUUUUCAUGAUCAGAAGCAUUUGUGUGCUGGUCUCAUGCAAAUGCCAAAGAAAAAUACUGAGAUCUUGCACAGACCAGCUGAACCAGGCUGAGCAUGAGUCAAGAGAGCAGAUUGUCAUGAGCUACAUGACACGGCUGUAG